UUUUACUCUGUGCGGUUGACAGGUCAGAGUCCAACUUUCUUUUAAGUUUAUUAGAAGUUUAAAUUAGAAUUUACACUAGUUUUUAAUUUACAUUAAUUGUUUUAGUAGUCUCCGUCGUGUCCAGUGAUAAUCGGUAUUAAUUUUCCGGCAGCCAUGGCAUCUCAAAUAUCAAAAACUUUAUUGAAAGUCUCCCACGUUAGCUCUACGGCUAAAUUCGACACUGCAAGGAGGGCUCUCAGUGUAGGAGCAGCUUUACACCAGAAGAAGAAGUCUCUGCCGGACCGCACAGGCAAGAAUGUGGUGCUUGUGGACGGAGUACGGACUCCUUUCCUGGUAUCCUUCACUGAUUAUGCCAAGAUGAUGCCUCAUGAACUCGCCAGACAUUCCUUGUUGGGUCUUCUCCAGAAGACAGGUAUCUCAAAGGAUGUGAUCGACUACAUCGUAUAUGGUACCGUGAUCCAGGAGGUGAAGACUUCCAACAUCGGUCGCGAGGCGGCGCUGGCGGCCGGCUUCAGUGACAAGACUCCUGCGCACACUGUCACUAUGGCCUGCAUCUCUUCCAACCAGGCUAUUACUACUGGUGUGGGCAUGAUAGCUGCUGGAGCUUACGACGUGAUAGUGGCCGGCGGUGUGGAGUUCAUGUCGGACGUGCCCAUCCGCCACUCGCGCAAGAUGCGCUCCUUACUGCUGCGCCUCAACCGGGCCAAGACUCCCGCGCAACGACUGUCCCUCAUCGCCUCUAUUAGACCUGAUUUCUUUGCGCCUGAGUUACCAGCAGUAGCGGAGUUCUCAUCAGGCGAGACGAUGGGUCACAGCGCGGACCGUCUGGCGGCCGCCUUCGGAGCCUCGCGACAGGAACAGGACGACUACGCGCUCCGCUCCCAUAAAAUGGCCGCGGACGCACAGAGCAAGGGAUACUUCACUGAUCUGAUCCCUGUUAAAGUUGACGGCAAGGACGGCGUGGUGGACAAGGACAACGGCAUCCGCGUGUCGACGCCGGAGCAGCUCGCCAAGCUGAAGCCUGCCUUCAUCAAGCCACACGGCACCGUCACCGCUGCUAACGCUUCGUUCUUGACUGACGGAGCGUCCGCUUGCCUGGUGAUGUCAGAGGCUAAGGCCAAGGAGCUCGGCCUCAAGCCCAAGGCGUACCUGCGUGACUUCACUUACGUCGCUCAGGAUCCCGUUGACCAGCUCUUGUUGGGACCCGCGUACGGUAUCCCCAAGAUCUUGGAGAAAGCUGGACUCAAGAUGAGCGACAUCGACACCUGGGAAAUCCAUGAGGCUUUCGCUGGUCAAAUCCUGGCCAACUUGAAGGCUAUGGACUCUGAUUGGUUCGCGCAGACCUAUCUCGGCCGUCAGACUAAGGUGGGUGCUCCCGACCUCGACAAGUGGAACAAAUGGGGCGGCUCGCUCUCUAUCGGACAUCCCUUCGCUGCCACUGGGGUCCGUCUCGCCAUGCACACCGCCCACCGUCUGGUACGUGAGGAUGGACAGUUCGGUGUAAUCUCUGCUUGCGCCGCUGGCGGACAGGGAGUCGCCAUGAUCCUCGAGAGACACCCCGACGCCACUUGCAACUAAACCAUCAACAUAUACAGGACAUAACCAGGCUGAAAUAAUCAAAAUAUUACCAAAAAUUUGAAUUAUGUAUAUGGCAACAUGGUUAUUUUUAGACGAGAAAAUGGUUAUGAUAUGUCCAAAAGUACUGUCAACGCACUGUAGCGAAUGUUUUAAUGGAUAAUUGCGAGGAUAUGUUAUUCUAAAAGUAAAAAAGCAAUUGGCAAAGAGAACCAUUGUAGUGUGAGAAACUAACAAAAUCUUAUCAUUCACUUCGAAUUGAAACUCGGUUGCUAUUCAAGACAAAAAAAAA